AUGGCGACCGGCGGGGACCCCGAGGAGGAGCAGGUGGUCCCGAGCGAAGAGGACGAAGUGGACGUGAGGGCCGUGCAGGCCCGGUACCUCCGCAGCCCCUCCCCCAGCCAGUACUCCGUGGUCUCAGAGGCGGAAACGGAAAGCAUCUUCAUGGAGCCCAUUCACCUCUCCUCCGCCGUGGCGGCGAAGCAGAUCAUCGGCCAAGAGCUCCGGCGGCGGGGCGGCCGGGCCGAGGCCGAGUCUCUGGGCAUGCUGGAGUCCGCCGAGCAGCUGCUGAUGGAGGACCUGUACAACCGUGUCCGGGAGAAGAUGGAUGACAGCGGCCUGUACAACACCCCCUGUGUGCUGGACCUCCAGCGGGCCUUGGUCCGAGACCGCCAGGAGGCCCCGUGGAACGAGGUGGACGAGGUCUGGCCCAACGUCUUCAUAGCAGAGAAGAGUGUGGCCGUGAACAAGUCGAGGCUGAAGCGGCUGGGAAUUACCCACAUCCUGAACGCGGCUCACGGCACGGGCGUCUACACCGGGCCCGAAUUCUACACUGGCCUGGAGAUCCAGUACCUGGGUGUGGAGGUGGACGACUUUCCCGAGGUGGACGUCUCCCAGCACUUCCGGAAGGCCGCCGAGUUCCUGGACGAGGCCCUGCUGACCCACAGAGGGAAAGUCCUGGUCAGUAGCGAAAUGGGCGUCAGCCGGUCGGCGGUGCUGGUGGUCGCCUACCUGAUGAUCUUCCACGACAUGGCGGUCCUGGAGGCCCUGAUGACCGUGCGCAGGAAGAGGGCCAUCCGCCCCAACGAUGGCUUCCUGAAGCAGCUCCGGGAGCUCAGCGAGGAGCUGAUGGAGCAGAGGGACAGGGACCGUGGCCGGGAGGGGGGCGCUGGUGCUGCUGCGGAGGGCGAGGCCGCGGGGAGCACCCUGGGGGCCCGAGUGCAGGACCUCACCGUGGAGGAGGAGGAGGACGACAUCGCCAGCCGCCUGAGUGGCUCCUCCCUGGGAGGGGCCAGCCGGGCCUCCAAGCCCCUGGGCCUCGGCGACGAAGACCAGGAGGAGAGGCCAUAUGAAGAGCGGAAGGGGGAGCAGGGGCCCCCCGCAGACACGGUCCCCCAGGGUGGGCACGACAGGGGCUGGGCCCAGGGUGGGGAAGGGCCCGAGGAGGAGGAGGAGGAGGACGUGGAGCGCAUCAUCCGGGAGUGGCAGAGCCGCAAUGAGAGGUACCAGGCAGAAGGGCGCCGGGCGUGGGCGAGGGAGGAGCUGGAGGAGGAGGCCAGCGCCGGCUCCCCGGCGGGGGGAAGACGCAUGCGCACCGUGAGUGAGCACAGCACCUCGGACAGCGUCAGCAGCCACGACAUCCGCGUGCUGAAGCAGCAGCUGGAGCUGAGCAGCCGGCGCCGGGGCGGGAGACGCGACUCGGCGUCCACGGAGAGCAGCUGGGACGUGUGGAACCAGAGGCUGCUGGAGAUCGAGGAGGAGGCCUCCAGGAGCUGCCAGCGCAGGAGCGGCAGAGAGGACGCGGGCGCGGGCUCGCAGGCGGCGGGCGGGCUGCGAGAGGACGACCGGGACAGCGUGUCCUCCGAGGCCAGCUCCUUCUACAACUUCUGCAGCAGGAACAAGGACAAACUCAGUGCCCUGGAAAGGUGGAAGAUCAAGAGAAUCCAGUUCGGGUUUCACAAGAGAGACUCGGAGGCAGCAGACAGCAGCGGUGAGCAGGGCGCAGAGGAGGCCGCGCGGGGGCCCAGGGUCUCGGCCGCCACCCUGACGGCCUACCAGGCCUGGAAGCUGGAACACCAGAAGAAGGUGGGCAGCGAGAACAAGGAGGAGGUGGCGGGGCUGGGCAAGGGGGAGGACGCCGCCCUGGCCAAGAAGCGGCAGCGGCGGCUGGAGCUGCUGGAGAGGAGCAGGCGGGCGCUGGAGGAGAGCCGGUCCGUGGGCAGCUGGGAGGCGGUGGGCAGCUGGGAGGCGGGCAGCUCGGCUGCUGGUGGGAGCCUCCCCCUGUCCGCGUUCUGGUCUGCGGCCGCCUCGGUCAGUGCCGAUGGGGACACGGCGUCGGUGCUCAGCUCCCACCCGUCUCAGGCCGGGAGCAACCCUGGCGGGGGCUGGGCCUCCAGCCCUUCCACGCCGCUGCCGAACCUCCCAGUGGGGCCGGGGGACACCGUGUCCAUCGCCAGCAUCCAGAGCUGGAUCGCCAGCGUCGUCAGCGAAACUCUCGCCCAGAAGCAGAAUGAGAUGCUGCUGCUGUCCCGCCCGCCAUCUGUGGCCAGCUCGAAGGUGGCCCCAGCAGCCGCCUGCCCGGGGGACGACCAGGGCUCCGUGCUCAGCGGUCAGAGCACCUCCUCCCUGGGCCUCCCACCCCCAAACCAGGCAAGACCCAGCUCCGACUCGCGGUCCACACUGUCCUGCCACAGCACGCCGGACCCCAGGGCGGACGGCGCGGGGAGCCGGGCGCGGGGGCCCAGCAAGCCCGUCUACAGCCUCUUCGCCGAGCACGUGGACCUGCAGGAGCUUGGCCGGAAGGAGAGGGAGAUGCAGCUGGAGCUGAGGGAGAAGAUGUCUGAGUACAAGAUGGAGAAGCUGGCCUCCGACCACAAACGCAGCAGCCUCUUCAAGAAGAAGAAGGUCGCGGGAGACGAGGCCGAGGACGAGGACACCGACAGCGCCAUCGGGAGCUUCCGGCAGUCCUCCCGCGGCGACGCCCAGAGGCCGGACGCCGACGCCGGCUCCUCCCUGGCUGCCUCCGACCGCCCGGCGAGCGGCGGCCGGGCCGGCGCCGAGGUGGACAGCAGCAUUCGCAAGUGGCUCAGCGGCCUGGGGGCGGAGGACAGAUCCCCUCCGCGCAGCGACUGGUCUGGCGGCUCCCAGGGGCGGCGCAGCAGAGCGUCCCUGCUCCACACGGAGUCCAGGUCCUCCAGCUACAAGUUCUCCAGGUCGUGGCUGGAGGAGCAGGACACCCACGCCCACCGCGACGGCGGUGGCUCGGUGAGGAGCAGCUCGCGGGUCUCGUCCUCCUCCACCCGGGAGGGCAGCGAGACGCACGCCUUCUCCCGGGCCACGUUCAGCGAGGCCUCCGGCUCCCGAGAGGCCAGCCCGGAGCCCUACUUCUUCCGCCGGACCCCCGAGCCCCCCGCAGGGCCGGAGUCCCCGGAGCCACAGCGUCCGGACUGGGCCAGGCCCGGGGACCGGGAGGACGUGGAGGAGUCCUCCAGGUCGGACUUCUCCGAAUUCGGAGCCAAGAGGAAGUUCACCCAGAGCUUCGCGAGGUCCGAGGAGGAGGGCGAGAGGGCGAGGACGGAGCGCAGAGAGGAAGCGCGAUUCGCCUCGGGGCGCCGGGCCCAGCACCGCACGCGCGCCGCCGGGGAGGAGCAGGAGGAAGCGGACGACGAGGCCAUCAUCGCUGCCUGGCGACGCCGGCAGGAGGAGACCAGGACCAAGAUGCGGAGAAGGCGGGAGGAUUAG